AACUCCGCAACUGACCAACACACAUAGCAAGUGUUUCCGCAAAGCUCUCUUUCUAGAUGCCGUCUCGAUGUCCAGACGAAGCUCCAGAGCUGUCCGCUCCAAAACAGGUUGUCAGGGCUGUAGAGAGCGACACGUCAAAUGCGAUGCGGCUUCUGGUGACUGCUCGAGAUGUGUGAAAAGAGGCAUACCAUGUUCACGGCCAUUCGACGUUCGGUAUAGGCACAGCUUUGCGGAAGCCGAAUACGCUUUCUCGACAUCCCAAAUAUGGACUUCUCCAUCUUCGUCUCUGGUAUUUGUUGACGAGAACGCUUGGGCUCCAGGUGAGAUACCCGAGAAACCUCGAGCGACAGAGACCACUGUGGCAGCCCGCAGUAUAGAGACACUCCUUUCCGAAGAGCCUGAUCAGCCGAGGCGGUCGCUAUCGAACACGGGCCGCUCAUACACACCUAAUGAUGAGCUUCAAGUGGCGCCCAUCUGCCCCUGGCCAGAUGACCAAAGCACCACACACGAUCUUACUGGCGUUUCAGACCGUUUCUCGCAUGGCAAUGCUCGCAGUCCGCUGUCAGACCACUUUCCGGGAGAAACGCACCAUGUCCCUGGCCAGCACAAUCUCAGUCCUCGAAAUGGUUCGAAUGGCUUGUAUACACCUCGGCAGACUUGCAUCAGCACUCGAGAAGAGUUGCAUUUGUUCCGGUACUUCGUAUCGACAGUCGCUCGCAAUCUCGACAUAACCGAUCCGGCAUGCCACUUCGCCAACGAAGCACCUCUUCAGGCCCAAAGCAAUCAAGUGCUUGCAUAUGCUCUGUUGGCAGCCUCCGCUCGCCAUCUCAGUCAGACGACUGAGUACUCACCAGUAAUUGCCGACCGCUACUACCAACAGUGUCUCGAGCUGUUGAUACCAUUCCUUGACGACGCCACUGCUGUCUUGAGUGAAAUCCUCCUGUCAACCAUCGUGAUACUGCGGUAUUUGGAAGAGAUUGAUGCGUCUUUGGCCUUCAAUCCAAGCCAUCGCAUAGGUACUCGUGCUUUUAUCAACCUCCAAACCCACAAUUCGGCCACUGAUGAUUUGCGAUCCGCUGCCUUCUGGUUGGGAGUGCGGCAGGAGGUGUAUUAUGCCAUUGCCAAUCAGAAACCUACCAUGCUACAAUUCGAUCGUGAUGAGAGCGAUGCAGAACUUGAGCCUACUCAUGAGGGAGCUUGGGCGAACCGUAUGGUGAUGCAUUGCGUAGGUGUCGUCAACUAUUGCUUCAGUCCGCAGCGACAAGACAUCACCUCAGAGUACGACGUGCUGCUGCAAUACUGCAAAGCUUGGGCAUCAUCAUUGCCUUCUUCUUACCGACCUAUUCUGCACCAGGAUCAAGGACAAGACACUCCUUUCCCAGAUAUUGCUUUUUUAUCUUCUGCUGUGGUCAUAGGGCUGCAGCAUUAUCAUCUUGCUUCCAUGCUGCUAUGUGCGCACGAUCCCAGAAUACCGUGUAUAGGUCUUGCUCGCAUUUCGGCUUCCGAGACUGUAGACGAUGGAUUGAGGAAUCAUGCAAGAAUGGUUUGCGGGCUUUCUGUCAGCAAUGAUGAUGUCGCGCCUGGUUUUGUCAACGCAUCUAUGGCUAUCUCGCUCGCCGGUGGAUUGUUCAAGCAAGAGGAUGAGCGGGAAGCUUGUUUUGGUAUCCUCCGGAAGUGUCAGAAGUUGGGGUGGCCGACGGAGGAGAUAGAGGUACAACUCAGGUCAAGCUGGAGAUGAGUGUAGAGAAUUCCAAGAAGCC